UGGCUUUGGUGUACGCGAAAUGACCGCGUCAAAAAAAAAUUAAAUUAUUCAUUCUCCCCCUCUUUUAUUAUUACACCUAUUCUUCUCAUAAUUAUACAUGCAAAGAACUCCUCUAGUCAAUAAUAGUGCAACAAACCAAGCGGACAGAAGGGAAAAUCGCCUUGGAAAGCGACCUGUUUCCAAUACCAUAACUCCUACUGUACCAGCACUUACGCCAGCUCAAAUGUAUUCGAAUUUUGAAGAAUGGAUAAAAAUGUGUACUGAUAAUAAAGUGAAUGCGACAAACACUUGGAAUUUUGCUUUAAUUGAUUAUUUUCAUGAAAUGACGUUUAUCCGUGAAGGCGAUUCCAUUAAUUUUCAAAAGGCUUCUUGUACUUUGGAUGGAUGUGUAAAGAUUUAUACUUCUCGUGUUGAUUCUGUUGCCACUGAAACAGGAAAAUUACUGAGUGGCCUUGCGGAUAGUACAAAUGCAGAAGGCGAUGAUGAAACAAGACCAGGUGCUGAAAAACGAACUCGUAAAAAAGCACAUCGAUCCGAAGUAACACUGCUAAAAGACUUUUCAUCCAUCGCUCUUAAAAAAUUUGAUUUGGAUUUUGCUGUAGAUCCCUUAUUCAAAAAAACGUCGGCUGAUUUUGAUGAAGGUGGAGCUAGAGGCUUGCUGUUAAAUCAUUUAAGUAUUGAUCAACAUUGCAAAAUUAUCUUUGAUGCGUCCGAUGCUACCAUCGAAUGUGAUACAGAAGAAUUAGACGGCGAAAUUGUUAGCGUCGAAAAGGGUCGGCCUGACGAUGACGCUAACCUACAAGAAACGAAUCCUAAUGACGAUACAGAUAGUGCUGAAGAGGAAGAAGAAGAAGAGGAGAAGGAGGAUAACCUUAUGGAAGAAGAUGUUCAGGAAACUAGCGUUGCUGAUAGAUCAACUUUUGAACAAACAGAAAAUAUUGAUCCAAUGGAUAUUGAUGAUAAACCAGAAGAAUCCAUUGUCAAAGAAAAAAGUAUCGAUUCCGAAUCUCGUGUAGAAAUAUCUCGUUUGAAAGCAAGAUUACCUACAAUGGAAGUCCUUGAAGGAUUAAAUAUCGUUCCCUCUUUGAAAGGCUUUGAUUUCUUUUCCGAAAAGGAUUUGGAAAUUCCUACCUUAGAUCAAGAAGACGAAUUACCAUUUGAGAAUCCAGUUGAAGAAGAUAUGAACCCAUUCCACUUUGAUGAUUAUGGGGAUGACGGUGGAGAUUUUGGCGUAGACGAUAUGGAUCCAUUUGCUAUUGAUGAUAAUAUGAACGAUCAGGAUCAGCAUAAUGAGGAAUUGGAUAAUACUGAAAAAGCAUAUCAAGAACCAGAUUUCUUGACUGCAAUGCUCAACAAUGAUGACCAGGUUUUUAACUAUUUUGACGCGACACUACAAAACUGGGCCGGUGCUGAGCAUUGGAAAUUAAAAAGACCCCCUCCUGCCCCAAAACCUACGGACCAGGAAAAAAAACCCAAAAAACCCAAGCAAGUGUACCAAAUCCCAUUCGAUGCAGAGGACACUGAUGGGGAUGAAGAAACACUCUUUGGCACCACAACCAGGCUUUUAACGUUAAGUAAAGACGUCAUCUCAAAAAUGAAGCAGCAAUCUGUGCCUGAUGAUAUCCAUUUCUCGUCAAAGCAAUUAUUACAAUAUUUUAUUAAGCCAAUGUUCCCGACCAAUCAAAAGAAGAAGAGCAAGGACAUUAUCACAAAAGCACCAUCAGACGAAGAACCUGAUAUCAAUUUUUGGGCUGAUCAGACACAAGAUUUCGGUGAUGGUGCGGACUACGGGGAUGAUGGGGAUUAUGGAGAUGAUAUACCAAUAGACUUUAAUGAUCCCCCAAGCCAAUCAAUGAUGACAGGGAAUGAAGACACAUCAUUUUAUCAUGAUAACUACGAGGAUCCAGAAGUUUCUGUCUUAUACGGUGAUCCACUCAUCACUAAUCACAACCUUAAGAAAUCGAAACCACUAUACGUGAAUUACGCAAGGACAGCAAAGAGAGUAGAUGUAAAGAAACUAAAGGAUAAUUUAUGGAGAUCUUUAACUUUAGAAAAAGGGGAUCAAGUCGAUGUUGAAGAGAAGGUGCAUGGAGUUCAAAAAUUCAGUGAUAUUGUAAAUAACUUAAAGAGGAUGUAUUCGCCCAAGUCUUUGAAAGAUAUUUCUGUCCCAUUUUGUUUCAUUUGUUUAUUACAUUUGGCAAAUGAAAAGGAUUUGUCUAUUGUAGGGUUAAAUCCUCCUGGAGACAAUGAUGACUUUGUUCUUGGUGAAGGGGAUUGGAUGCAGAAUGAAGACAUCUUGAAUGAAGUGACUAUUAUACAGAAUGUGUAUUAGAUACCUUGACUAUCGCACCAACCAUUAAUCCACCUUCUAUUAAAUGUACAU